AUCAUCGCGAGUGGCUAACCCAGCUCUGAAAGGGAAGCAAGACACCUAAAAGCAGCAACAAAAUGCGCAGCGCGGAAACACAGGCGGCGUGUUAAAUAAAAUAAUAAUAUAUAGUCGGUGCAGCUGGCCGUGUGUGGCCGCUGGAAAAACGGGAAAAGCGUUUACACAGUGCUUUUUAUUUAGCAUUUUCUCCGUUUCGUCCGUGUCUGUGUAUGCGUGUGCUGCGUGCGUGAGUGUGCGUGUUUUUUUUUCCUCAUUUGGUGUGUGCUUUUUUUUUGUACAUUGCGGAGACGCGCUCUUUAUUGUGGCAGACGGGCGGAAAAGAUGAAAAACCGCAGAGAGAGCGGUGAAAAUUGAUGGGAAAAUGUAUAAAGUUUGUUAAUUGAUCGUUUUCGAAAUGAAAGCAUAGAAAAAGGAGCAGCAACGGCGGCAGCAGCAACAACAACAACGAGUAACGAAAAACGGCAAAAUUUUUUUGUUUGCCUCGUAUCGCAUUUUCUCACUCUCUCUCUCUCUCCUGCUGCGUGUGUGUGUGAGUGUGUGUGUGCGCGUCACAUAUCGACGUCCCUCUCUUGCCACCGACAACAACAACAAAUACAAAACGAAGGAAGGAAAGAAAAAGGGGAAUAAAGUGAAACAUGUUUUUCUGUGGCAACAGCAACAACAUAAGCGGCAGCUGCAACUAUCGGCAGCAACAACAACAGCAGUAUCAUAAAACAUGUGUGGAAUAAUCGCAGCGAAUUGAACAAAGCCCAAAGCCUGGAAAUAAAGUAACCAAAAAAGAGAAACGUAGAAAAUCAAAUCAACACAAACAACAACAACAGCAGCAGUAUCAGCAGCAGCAGUACAGUUUUGUAAACAAAGCGUGGCGACAAUUAUUUACCAUUAUCAAUUGCAAAAAGAAACAUACAAAUUUAAAAGUGCUUGUGAAAUGUUUAUGCAAAAUGUUGAGCAUAGCGGAAGCCAAAAAUUACCAUAAAACCAAAAGUUUACUAACUUGAGAAAAUCGAUAGAUUCUAGCUUACUAAUCGAUAAAGAGAAAACCAAAAAAAAUAAAAAACAAUCCAUACAGCGCAGAAGAAAGACAGAUCGCAAAAGUUUUUGCUUUCUUCUCAGAUUUCCCCCGUGCGUUUGUGUGCGUGUGAGUUCGCAUUCGCGCGUGUGUGUGUGUGUUUUGUUUUCAUUAGAGCACACACACACGCCCCGUUGUGUGGGAGUGUGUGUAAUUGCAAUGUCGAGCGGUAAAUAAACGGAAAGAGCAAUAACAACAACAGCAGCAGGAGAAACGUGUUUUUGUUUUGUUUGUUUCAUAAAUGUUUGACAAUUACACUGUAAAAAAGAAAGAAAGUAAUUCGUGACAAGUGCGCGGACAAACGGUAAAGCAAAUUCGAAAAAAAGACUUGAAACUUGUGUUCAUAAUUUUAAACAAACAACAAAAAGUAUUCGACCCAUUUAAAAAUAUAUACGAAAAAAUAUAUAUUAACCAAUACCACAUACAUAAAUCUAUAUUAACUGGUAAUCACGAAAGCAAAUUCAAACAAAAACAAACAACAACGACGCAAAGGAUAACGAAAUGAAUGCAAAUUACGCAAAAAAAACUAUUUAAUUUAUACAAAAAAAAAAAAACUACAAAUCACAAGCAACCAAAAUCCGACACAAAAACACAAUUUCAAACUAUCCAAAUCGCAUGAACAAAUAACGCAACAUAUAUAUAUUCAUCUAUAUAAAUAUAUAUAAGCAAGAGUAUAUAUAUGUCAAGUACAUAUAGCGUAAUACAUAGGAGCCAACAAACCAAGUAAAGAUUCAUUAAUCAGCGCAAAACCAACAAACAUCAUCCCCAUGUAUAGAUUAGAGGAUACGAAUAGCGGCGGCGUUAUGGAUAAGAAUAAACAGAAACUGUCCGCUUAUGGGUCCAGCGGGGGCAGCGUCGACGCAGCGCAGGGCAGCGGAAGUGGGGGCGGAAGACAGCGCCACGCCCCCCUCUACGGGCGAUUCGUCGACGCAGAGGAUCUGCCUGCCACGCACCGGGAUGUCAUGCACCAUCACUCUAGUCCCUCGUCUUCGUCGGAGGUGCGCGCCAUGCAGGCCCGGAUUCCCAACCACUUUCGGGAGCCCGCCUCGGGACCUUUGCGCAAGCUGAGUGUCGAUCUGAUAAAGACCUACAAGCACAUCAACGAGGUUUACUAUGCGAAAAAGAAACGCCGUGCCCAGCAGACGCAAGGAGACGACGACUCAUCUAACAAAAAGGAGCGAAAACUUUAUAACGACGGCUACGACGACGAUAAUCACGACUAUAUAAUCAAGAAUGGCGAAAAGUUUUUGGAUCGCUACGAGAUCGACUCUCUGAUCGGCAAAGGCAGUUUUGGCCAGGUGGUGAAGGCUUACGACCACGAGGAGCAGUGCCACGUGGCGAUCAAGAUAAUUAAGAAUAAGAAACCGUUCCUAAACCAGGCACAGAUCGAGGUCAAGUUGCUCGAGAUGAUGAACCGGGCGGAUGCCGAAAACAAAUACUACAUCGUUAAGCUCAAGCGGCACUUCAUGUGGCGCAACCACCUGUGCCUGGUGUUCGAGCUGCUCUCAUACAACCUGUACGACCUGCUGCGGAACACCAACUUCCGGGGCGUUUCGCUGAACCUCACGCGCAAGUUCGCCCAGCAGCUGUGCACCGCACUGCUCUUCCUCAGCACCCCCGAACUGAACAUAAUUCACUGUGAUUUGAAGCCCGAGAACAUCCUGCUGUGCAACCCGAAGCGCUCGGCGAUCAAGAUCGUUGACUUUGGCAGCUCCUGCCAGUUGGGACAGCGGAUCUACCACUACAUCCAGUCGCGCUUCUACCGCUCGCCGGAGGUGCUGCUUGGCAUCCAGUAUGACCUGGCCAUCGAUAUGUGGUCACUGGGCUGCAUCUUGGUCGAGAUGCACACCGGCGAGCCGCUCUUCUCCGGCUGCAACGAGGUGGACCAGAUGAACAAGAUCGUCGAGGUGCUGGGCAUGCCGCCCAAGUAUCUGCUCGACCAGGCGCACAAGACCCGCAAGUUCUUCGACAAGAUCGUCGCCGAUGGCUCCUAUGUUCUGAAGAAGAAUCAGAACGGCAGGAAGUACAAGCCACCAGGAUCCCGCAAGCUUCAUGACAUCCUCGGAGUGGAAACAGGCGGUCCAGGGGGCAGGCGUCUCGAUGAGCCGGGCCACUCCGUCUCGGACUAUCUGAAGUUCAAGGAUCUGAUCCUGCGCAUGCUCGACUUUGACCCCAAGACACGGGUCACGCCCUACUAUGCCCUGCAGCACAACUUCUUCAAGCGCACGGCAGACGAGGCAACCAACACGAGCGGCGCGGGCGCCACAGCGAACGCAGGAGCCGGUGGCUCCGGUUCCAGCGGAGCAGGAGGCUCCAGCGGCGGAGGCGUCGGCGGCGGCCUCGGAACGAGCAACAGCAGUAGCGGUGCGGUCUCCUCAUCCAGUGCAGCGGCUCCAACGGCGGCGACAGCAGCGGCCACGGCCGCAGGAUCCUCCGGUUCGGGUUCAAGUGUCGGCGGGGGAUCCUCCGCAGCGCAGCAACAGCAGGCGAUGCCGCUGCCAUUGCCGCUUCCCUUGCCGUUGCCACCACUCGCGGGUCCUGGCGGUGCGUCAGAUGGCCAAUGUCACGGCCUGCUUAUGCAUUCGGCGGCGGCCAACGCGAUGAACAACUUCUCCGCUCUGAGCCUGCAGUCCAACGCCCAUCCGCCGCCAUCGCUGGCCAAUAGCCACCACAGCACCAACAGUCUGGGCAGCCUGAAUCACAUCAGUCCCGGCAGCUCCGGCUGUCACAACAACAACAGCAGCAGCAGCAACAACAACACACGCCACAGUCGUCUGUACGGCAGCAACAUGGUGAACAUGGUGGGCCACCACAACAGCAGCAGCAACAACCACAACAGCAUCAGCUAUCCGCACGCCAUGGAAUGUGAUCCGCCGCAGAUGCCGCCACCGCCGCCAAACGGACACGGCAGGAUGCGGGUGCCGGCGAUAAUGCAGCUUCAACCGAACAGCUUUGCGCCCAGUUCGGUGCCCUAUUACGGCAACAUGUCCUCGUCGUCGGUGGCUGCGGCGGCGGCAGCGGCAGCAGCCGCUGCCUCGCACCUAAUGAUGACCGAUUCGAGUGUGAUUAGCGCUUCGGCGGCGGGCGGUGGCCAGGGUGGCGGCAAUCCCGGCCAGAAUCCGGUUACGCCGUCAGCUGCCGCCUUUCUCUUCCCAUCUCAGCCCGCCGGAACGCUCUAUGGCACGGCGCUCGGUUCGCUGAGCGACCUGCCACUGCCGAUGCCACUGCCCAUGUCCGUGCCCCUGCCACUGCCGCCCUCGUCGUCCUCGUCCGUCUCCUCAGGAUCAGCAGCGGUUGGAUCCGGAGGAGUGGGCGUGGGUGUGGGAGUCGGCGUGGUUGGCCAAAGGCGGCACAUAACCGGACCCGCCGCGCAGGUGGGCAUCUCUCAAAGUGUCGGCAGUGGCAGCAGCGGCUCGGCCACCGGUGCCAGCAGCAGCGAUGCCUCCUCGUCGUCGCCCAUGGUGGGCGUUUGUGUUCAACAGAAUCCUGUAGUUAUACAUUAGCAUAAACUGGAAGCAAGCAGAGAACGUUUGAUGCUCGCUUAAAACACUACUUUUCACGCCCUUUGCCGCUCUCUGCUGCUAUUUAUUGCACCGCCACCAACGCCUACACCCGCCCACAAACCAAGGAACCACAAAUUCACCAACGCAGCAGCACCACAGGUGGUGGUCGGUAAUCGGGAGUCUUGUCCACACGUUUUUCCAAUUUUACAUACCAUGUACGAUUUUUGACGAAUAAUUGUUAAUAUUUUCAUCUGCGCUUUUGUACGAUCUUAAUUGAAGCCAAUUUCUGUUCUAUGUAGACAAUUUUAAAGUAAAUUCUUUUAAUUAGCGAUUGCAAAGUGACUUCGAUUGGUUAAAUAUCGAAGAUCAUUUUGUUUUGUUUAAGUGGUAAUAGUCACACUUUCAGCUUUUCCUGAAGAGAAGCUGAGGUUCUUGGUUCAUUGUAUGACAAGACGCCCGAUGAAGAUCACUGCAACACAGACACAUGCCCAAAAUAAAAAUACAUUAACAUUAA